CUGACUCUCUGGGGGAUAGGUCAGUUUGUUUUGCAGCAACAGAUCCGGACCAGAAUCCAGACCAGAAUCCAGACUUGAUCCACAGUCACCUCAGGACACUCGGUGUGAGAGCUGCAGAGUGAAGAUACACAUCACAUGAAACUAGAAGACCUGAGGCAACCAUCGCUGUCAAACAUGUCAGGCCAGCUUGUCAGGAAUGGAGCUGAACAAAUUGUAAAUCAGCAAAGAUGGCACAGCUGAUGGAAGAUGAGGUAUUCAUGGCUUUCACCACCUAUGCUGCUAUUGUCACUGUGAAGAUGAUGCUGAUGGGGCCCUUGACUGCAUACUACCGCAUCACCAGAGGGGCUUUCUCAAAUGAGGAAGAUGUGGGCAGAAAGUCUGCAGAGGAGAAAAAGAAACUGCUGAAAACCCAUCCAGAUGUAGAGCGAGUUCGAAGGUGUCACCAGAAUGACCUGGAGAACAUUGUUCCCUUCGUAGUAGUUGGCCUGCUCUACGCUCUGACUGGACCUGAUCUUUCAACUGCUCUGCUUCACUUCCGCAUCUUUGUCGGCUCUCGGAUCCUCCACACUAUCGCCUAUGUCUGCAUUCUUCCUCAGCCUAGUAGAGGUCUGUCCUAUAUCACAGGCUUGCUGGUCACCUUCUCCAUGGCCCACAGGGUCCUCAGCACAGUUCUCUUCUUUUAGAGAAAUGAGACCUUGACCUCUUCCGCACAAGCUCACAUUGCUACAUUGAAGCUUAAUCUGAAUCUUUUCUUUUUACUGCCACGAUCUGUGAGCUUGAUUAUUAAACACUCUUUGCACUUAUUCUAUGCAUUCCCUUUGUCUUGCUGGAACUAUUGGAUGUCAAAUUUACUUUUAAUAAACUUUGCUAUUA